CAUGCUAAUUUUUGAAGCCGUGAUACAUUUGAAGAGACCUUUAAUUUGGUCACUUCACUUUCACCAUCACUCAACAAAUUCUCUCUUGUCUGAUUUUUUUUUUUUGUAUAUAUAUGUAUACCCAUAAUUUAUUCUACACACACAUCUUUUAUACCCACUAUUACCAAAAAUAAGCCAAUUUUCCAUCCUCAUAAGGACCUGCUACUAGUUUCCACCACUCGCAGGAUGGGUCCAAAUGCUACUUGCAAUAAUUUCUCAUCAACCAAACAAGAUCCUCGUCCACAAAAUCAGAGGAAGUCGGAUAAUUAUCAACCCACCAUUUGGACACAUAAUUUCCUUCAGUCCCACAAUAAUGCUAAUGCGGAUGAAAUAUACAGAGACAAGGCAAAGAAGCUUGAAGAGAAAGUGAGAUGUAUGCUCCACAGUGAAUAUAUCAAAUUAUUAACUGUACUUGAGAUGGUUAAGGACAUUCAACGGUUAGGUUUAGGCCACUGCUUCCAAGAAGACAUAAAGGAAUUCUUGAUAGAGUUCCAUAUAUGGAAGAAGAAGGUAAUAAAGGAACAGAGAAAUCUCUCCAUGAAUCUGCUCUUUUCUUCAGACUUCUUAGGCAACAUGGCUACACGCUCUCCCAAGGAUGAAAUAUACAGAGACAAGGCAAAGAAGCUUGAAGAGAAAGUGAGAUGUAUGCUCCACAGUGAAUAUAUCAAAUUAUUAACUGUACUUGAGAUGGUUGAGGACAUUCAACGGUUAGGUUUAGGCCACCGCUUCCAAGAAGACAUAAAGGAAUUCUUGAUAGAGUUCCAUAUAUGGAAGAAGAAGGUAAUAAAGGAACAGAGAAAUCUCUCCAUGAAUCUGCUCUUUUCUUCAUACUUCUUAGGCAACAUGGCUACACGCUCUCCCAAGAUCUCAAGAUGCAGAGGAUGCGCCUACAACAACAUGUCACAAUAUUCAAAUUCCUUAGCUUAUGGAAGAAAUUAAAUAGAGAAGGGAGAGGAUCCUAAUUCCUUAAAAUCAUCACCCUCAAGGCAAGGAGGUUCAACAAAUUUCAAGAGGAACCAAUAUUGCAAAUUUAAAGAAUAAUUUUCUUUCAUUGCUUACGGCUACUAACCCUAAUACUUAUUUUGAAAUAUUAAAAGCUUUAAGGAAAUAGAGUUAGAAAGUACUCAAGGCAGUAGGAGAACGCAUAGGGUUUUUAGAAGAAAAUUUUGAACGGUUGCAUAAAAGAUAUUAUGAUGAUCUGGUAGCACUAUUCCAUCAAAUGAAUUCCUCAAUUGUAUUUAUCAAGAAACAUCAUCAUCUUCCAUUAUCAAAUUCACAAAGGGUUGAGGAAGGAGUAGUUAUCAAACCUAUUGGACAUCUGAUUGAAGAGCUUAAGGGAGGGGAUUCCUUCAUUAUGAUUUAUACUCCUCAAAGGCAAAACAAGAAUCAAUAUCAACUUCCUAAUUGAAAAGAUGAAAUUCUAAGACUUGUUAGGGCAUCACCUCCAACUGGGUGCCAACCUAAAAGGCAUAUAAUUCCUCAAUAAUUCUAUGGAGCAAACAACCCUAGCACUCAAUAUUAUUUAAAUGGGGCAAAAAUGUUUCUUCCGAGGAUUCCAUACACUAGGACAAAAGAAAAAAAUAUUCCACGAGUCCUAAUCCCUCAUAUGCAAAUUCGUCAAGUUGACAUUAGAGAAUACUUCCUUUAAAUUGGGUAACAUAAAUACCAAGAAAAUAU